GACGGUUCCCAAGCCACCCGUAAAAGUCCGCAGCGAAACGCAUCAUCCCCUUUCUUCCUCGUCGUGCUCCCAGCCUCCAAACGACCACUCUCCCCCGCUCAGCUCCCACCCUCGCCUCCCAUGGCGUCUCUCCUCUUCCUGCCGCACACGACCCCCACGGCCUCCCCGCGCGCCGCGGCCAGGCCCAGGGCCGGGGCCAUCACCUGCGGCCCGCGCGACAACCGCGGCCCGCUCCAGCGCGGCCGCUCCCUCUCCACCGAGGCCAUCCACGCCGUGCAGUCCCUCAAGCGCCUCACCGCCGCCGACCGCUCCCCGUCGGCCGCCCGCGGCGCGGCCUCCGCGUCCCUCGGCCGCCUCCUCCGGGCCGAUCUCCUCGCCGCCAUGGCCGAGCUCCAGCGCCAGGGCCACUGGUCCCUCGCCCUCGCCGCGCUCCACGUGGCGCGCGCCGAGCCCUGGUACCGGCCCGACCCGGAGCUCUACGCCACGUUCGUCUCCUCCUCGCCGCCCUCCGAGGCCGCCGCCGGCGCCGUGGACGCGCUCGUGGAGGCGUUCCUCGAGGAGAAGGAGGAGGGGCGCGGCGGGCGGCUCUCGGAGUCGGAGGGGCCGUGGGUGGGGGUGGACGUGUACAGGCUCACGAGGCUGGUGCGCGCGCUGGUGGCCAAGGGCAGGGCGCGCGCGGCGUGGCGGGUGUACGAGGCGGCGGUGAGGAGGGGAGGCUGCGACGUGGACGAGUACAUGUACCGGGUGAUGGCGCGGGGGAUGAAGCGGCUGGGGCUCGAGGCCGAGGCGGCGGAGGUGGAGGCCGACUUCGCCGAGUGGGAGGCUAGGGUCUCGCCGCCGGCGAGGCAUCUGCUCGACGAAAUGCGCGCGAGGGAGGAGAGCGACAAGACGACGACGCCGACGACGGCUUAGUAUUUUUGUACUGCAAAGUAAAUCGAGAGUGCACGAGUGUGAUCAUUGUAUUAUUUUUUACUGGAAAAAAGUAAAAAUGUCGUGCUGCUUGCCACAGUUCAUGUCCAGAAAUUUCACAGCGAACAAGUUCAAUUUCGACAUGAAUUUCCGUACUCAGGCGAGAGGCACAUUCAGAUUCA